UUUCGCCUCGCUCUUAAACCGUUCCAUUUCCUUUUCCUCGCUAUAUAUUUCUCGUGACUCAUUCCCCGCCUUCCCUUUCUUCCUUCUUCCUUUCUCUGUUUUUUUUUAUUCUUGUUUUGGCCAAUUUUUUUAGCUGUUUUUUUUUUUGUUUACUUCUUCUAGAUCUCGUUUACGUAUUCGUGUACGUUUUUUUCGUACAAAAAUACACGUAUCUGAAAAAAAAGGUUCCAGCUCCGGUUAGCGUUGUGGCGGUGACUGGAAGCUGAAGAGUUCCGUUGCGGUUUUUUUUUAUUUAAUUUUUGUUUUUGUUCGUUGAGACUUUUUUUUGUUUUUUUGAGAGAGAGAAGAAGGAAGAGAAAGAGAUGGGAGGAGAAGAAGGAAGAGAAUAUUAUAAGAAGAUAACGGUUGGAGUUUGCGUCAUGGAAAAGAAGGUGAAAUGCGGAAGCGAGGUAUUUUCAGCUCCAAUGGGACAAAUCCUAGACAGGCUUAAGGCUUUUGGCGAAUUUGAGAUUAUACAUUUUGGCGAUAAGGUUAUUCUUGAAGAACCGAUAGAAAGCUGGCCAAUCUGUGAUUGUUUGAUUGCAUUCUAUUCCUCUGGAUAUCCCCUUGAAAAGGCUGAAGCAUAUGCUGUUUUAAGGAAACCAUUCCUUGUGAAUGAGUUGGGCCCACAACACCUUCUUCAUGAUCGAAGGAAGGUAUAUGAGCGGCUUGAAAUGUAUGGAAUCCCUGUUCCAAGAUAUGCCCUUGUAAAUAGAGAAGUACCGUAUCAAGAGCUGGAUUAUUUUAUUGAGGAAGAAGAUUAUGUUGAGGUCCAUGGAAAUCGUUUUUGGAAGCCAUUUGUGGAGAAGCCUGUCGAUGGGGAUAAUCAUAGUAUACUGAUAUAUUAUCCUAGCUCAGCAGGCGGAGGCAUGAAAGAAUUAUUUAGGAAGGUUGGAAACAGAUCAAGUGAGUUCCAUCCUGAGGUUAGAAGAGUAAGACGUGAAGGUUCUUACAUAUAUGAGGAAUUUAUGCCGACUGGAGGAACAGAUGUCAAGGUCUAUACUGUUGGCCCUGAGUAUGCACAUGCUGAGGCUAGGAAGUCUCCUGUUGUUGAUGGUGUUGUUAUGAGAAAUCCUGAUGGCAAAGAAGUUAGGUAUCCUGUGUUGCUGACUCCUAAUGAGAAGCAAAUGGCAAGGGUAGUUUGCAUCGCAUUUAGGCAAGCGGUUUGUGGGUUUGAUCUUUUGCGUUCUGAGGGGCGUUCAUAUGUUUGUGAUGUGAAUGGAUGGAGUUUUGUGAAAAACUCUCACAAGUAUUAUGAUGAUGCUGCUUGUGUCUUGAGGAAGAUGUUUUUAGAUGCAAAAGCACCUCAUCUGUCCUCAGCAAUACCACCAACCUUACCGUGGAAAGUAAAUGAACCAGUCCAGCCUUCUGAGGGACUUACUCGUCAAGGAAGUGGAAUUAUUGGCACAUUUGGGCAGUCUGAGGAGCUACGUUGUGUUAUAGUGGUUAUUCGCCAUGGUGAUAGAACUCCCAAGCAGAAGGUGAAAUUGAAGGUUACUGAGGAAAAGCUGCUAAACUUGAUGCUAAAGUACAAUGGGGGACGACCCAGAUCUGAGACAAAACUUAAAAGUGCCGUUCAAUUGCAAGAUUUGUUGGAUGCCACAAGAAUGCUUGUACCCCGUUCCAGACCAGGCCGUGGAAGUGACAGUGAAGCAGAAGAUCUUGAGCAUGCUGAAAAGCUUCGCCAAGUUAAAGCAGUACUUGAGGAGGGCGGACACUUUUCUGGUAUUUAUAGAAAGGUGCAACUAAAGCCUCUUAAGUGGGUUAAAGUUCCAAAAAGUAAUGGUGAAGGUGAAGAAGAAUGGCCUGUUGAAGCACUAAUGGUUCUUAAAUACGGGGGUGUUCUUACACAUGCUGGGAGGAAGCAGGCAGAAGAGCUGGGUAGAUACUUUCGAAAUAAUAUGUAUCCAGGUGAAGGUACUGGCCUGCUUCGCCUUCAUAGUACAUAUCGUCAUGACCUGAAAAUUUACAGCUCUGAUGAGGGCCGUGUUCAGAUGUCUGCAGCUGCUUUUGCUAAAGGCCUGCUUGACCUUGAAGGGCAGUUAACACCAAUCCUGGUCUCCCUUGUUAGCAAGGACUCCUCUAUGUUGGAUGGACUUGACAAUGCCAGCAGUGAGAUGGAAGAAGCCAAGGCUAGGCUGAAUGAAAUUAUAACUUCUGGUGCAAAGACAAUUUAUAGAAAUGGAACAUCCGAAUGCCCUUGGAUGACUGAUGGAGCUGGAUUGCCCACAAAUGCUUCUGAACUCCUACCCAACCUGGUAACUUUGACUAAGAAGGUUACAGAACAAGUCAGACUACUUGCCAAGGAUGAAGAUGAAAAUCUUACAGAGACAAGCCCAUAUGAUGUGAUUCCCGCUUAUGACCAAGCAAAAGCUCUUGGUAAGACAAAUAUUGACAUUGAUCGUAUUGCUGCUGGAUUACCUUGUGGUAGCGAAGGUUUCCUCUUGAUGUAUGCUCGGUGGAGAAAACUUGAAAGAGAUUUGUAUAAUGAACGUAAAGUACGGUUUGACAUAACUCAAAUUCCUGAUGUUUAUGACUCCUGCAAAUAUGAUCUUCUGCAUAAUGCUCAUCUUAAUCUGGAAGGUUUGGAUGGGCUCUUCAAGGUUGCCCAGCUUCUUGCAGAUGGUGUCAUCCCAAAUGAAUAUGGAAUCAAUCCAAAGCAAAAGCUAAAAAUUGGUUCAAAGAUUGCGCGGCGUUUGUUGGGUAAAAUUUUGAUUGAUCUGAGGAAUACUCGUGAGGAAGCCCUUAAUGUUGCUGAGUUAAAGAGUAAUCAAGACAAAUGCUCAAAAUCAAUCAAGAUUGAAAAGGAAGAUAAAGAUUUUCCACCAAAGCUUUUCAUCAAGACUGAUGACACGAGAAGGUCUAGCACUACAAGUGAAAUGUCGAUGGAUCAAGAUGAUGAUGAUGAUAAAGAGACCAAAUACCGUUUGGACCCAAAGUAUGCAAAUGUCAAGACACCUGAGCGCCAUGUGCGAACACGCCUUUACUUCACAUCAGAAUCUCAUAUCCAUUCCCUCAUGAAUGUACUUCGUUACUGUAACCUGGAUGAAUCCCUUCAGGGAGAAGCUAGUCUCGUUUGCCAGACAGCUUUGGAGCGUUUGUACAAAACGAAGGAGCUGGACUACAUGAGUUACAUUGUGAUAAGGAUGUUUGAGAACACAGAGGUAGCUUUGGAAGACCCAAGAAGGUUCCGUAUUGAGUUGACGUUUAGCCGUGGUGCAGAUUUAUCCCCACUGGAGAUGAACGACAGCAAGGCCACGUCAUUGCACCAGGAGCAUACACUGCCAAUAAUGGGUCCAGAAAGGCUUCAAGAAGUGGGAUCCUAUCUUACAUUAGAGAAAAUGGAAAAGAUGAUUCGCCCAUUUGCAAUGCCAGCAGAAGACUUCCCUCCUCCAUCCACCCCUGCUGGAUUUUCAGGCUACUUUGCCAAGAGUGCAUCGGUGCUUGAGCGUCUGGUAAAUCUUUGGCCUUUCCAUAAGAAUGCUCAUACAAAUGGAAAGUAACAAGUGGCAUGCUUAUUUUUAAUUUAAAAACUUGUUUUCUGCCCAUUAUUUUGUUUUUUUUACCUGCAUCUUGCUAUUUGUUUACCUCUGGUUAUUCUAACAGCCAAGAGAGGUAUUGAGCUCCCUUCAUCUCAUGAGUAGUAUGUUUUUUUCCAACAACAGAAGCAUGUUGCGGAAAGAUGUUUAAAAUUGUAAAUUUUGGUUUUGUUUCUGUGAUUAGUGCAAUUUGCAAAAUUGAUCAAAGAGCUUGCAUUGAGGAUGAUUCUCCAAGAUAACAUUACUUUAGGUUGAUGAUGCAUAAGAGAAAGAUUUGGAGUCUAUGGUAAUCCUUUUCAUGAAUGAUUGAUUGAGCAUGACCCCCACGAUGGGGAAUAUUCGUCUUC